CAGCCAAGACGUCUUUGGCCCCUUUCCUAUUCUGAAUAUACCAUGAAAGCACCUCAACCUCCUCCUCCUGAUGUUCCCCGAUACUUGCAAGAAAAGGAACACAGCCAAGAAGACAAAGACUUUAUAUUCUCUCUACCUACAGAAAAAGGUUGGGUUGCAGAUGGCCUUCACAAGUACCAUGGUUUUUGGCUGUCAACUAAGCAAAUGCAUGGAGUUUUGGCAUGCCAGAAACACUUCCAAGCCGUAGAUUCUGAUAUCGUUCUUGUUACCACUGUCAAAUCAGGCACCACUUGGCUCAAGGCACUUAUGUUUGCCCUUGUGAAACGAGCGCACUAUCUGGACCCUCAGCGACACCCUUUGCUCACAGAAAAUCCUCAUGUUCUUGUGCCCUGUUUGGAGUUCGAUGUCUACACCGACAAACAGGUACUUCCUGACCUCUCCUCCCUGUCCCGUCCAAGGCUCAUUUCGACUCAUCUACCGUAUGUUUGUCUGCCGGAUUCUGUCAAACAUUCGGGUUGCAAAGUUGUUUACGCGUGGAGAGAUCCUAAAGAUGUGUUUGUUUCACUUUGGCACUUCUCGAACAAACUGAGGCCAGUGGGUAGUGGAACCAUGUCACUUGACGAAGCGUUCGAUAAGUUCUGCCGGGGAGUGAAUACGUCCGGACCCUUUUGGGAUCACGUACUCGGGUUUUGGAAGGAGAGCUUAAAGAGGCCUGAAAGUACAUUUUUCAUAAAGUAUGAGGAAAUGAAAGAAGAGCCCGCUCUUCACCUGAGGAGGCUGGCCGAGUUCUUGGGGUGCCCAUUUUCCCCGGAAGAAGAGACACAUGGAGUUGUGGACGGUAUCUUAAGGUUGUGUAGUUUUGACAAUUUAAGCAAUUUGGUUGUGAAUAAAAGUGGGAAAUUGCCGGCCGGUAUCGAGAAUAGUGCCUUCUUUAGGAAAGGUGAAGUUGGAGAUUGGAUGAAUAAUUUGACCCCUGAGAUGGUGAAAAAACUAGACUCCAUUACUCAAGAGAAGUUGCAUGGUUCCGGGCUAAAGUUCUAGGGUUUGCAUCUUUUUUCUCCCCGUAUGAGAGUCUUUAUCUGUGUGUGAGAGUUCUUCUCCUUGUGUGAGCGAGUUCUUCAAAUUCCGGUAAAUCGUUUUGUCGCCGGCCCUAACCAUGGCCAAUGUCGGUGGCAGCCCUUUUUCUCUUAGUGCUUUCUUUUUUUCUCCUCUGCUGCUCUAUUUUUUUCCGGCCCAUUUUUUCCCUUUGUUUCCACCCCUAGCGCCUUUGAUUUAGCCAGCCUCUGCCCACAAUCGGAAUGCUUCUUUUUAUGAUUUCCCCUUUCUUCGCCUCCCACUUAUCUCUCCACCCCCACGCAUCUACUCAAACCAAUUUCUUUGUCUCUUACUUGGAUUUGUCCUCUCUCCACUCCGCAAUUGCUUCGUUCCGCAAGCAUUUUGUUUAGUCGUGUUUCACGGCCAUAUUAUAUUGUGCGUAGUGCUUCGGCUCGGGUUUUACACCACCAAUUUCCUCCUGUGUGUCGGUGGUAGCUUCCGUUCAUUCUCUUGGUGGCUGCUGUUCCAACAUGUGGGUUGUUUGCUAGAGGAUGAUGAAAUUUGGUUCUUUUUUUUGUUCUUAUCUCGACGCCGGAAGAGGAUCCAUGAGUUUAGGGUUUCUUUGUGUUUUUUUUUUUUUUUGUGUGGGGAUCACCUUUUGGGCUGAGUCUUUCUUUUGUAGUUGUUUUGCAGGUCAUAAUGUUGAAGUGUGCUUUGUAUGUUUUUUGGGUCUCCAUUAUUGUAUGUGUGAUGUGUUGGUAAUAAAAUGUCACCUUUCGACCCCU